UCACAAAAAGAGUCUAUCAUUUUCCCAUUCCUUCUAUGGCUUCUUCUUCUAAUCCAUUAUUCCUCUCUGCCGCUCCUUUUCUGGUUUUUCUUCUUCUUCUUCUUCUCUGAGAACAAAAGCUUCGUUUCUGCAAUAAGAGAAGGAGCCACUGAACUUCAACUUCAUCAUCAUCAUGAUCAUCGUGUUUCUCUCUCCUCUCUCCUUCCUUCUUCCUCCUGCAACUCUCCUCCUCAAGGUGUGAUCAGGAAAGGAUCGUUGCAAGUGAUGCACAAGCAUGGGCCGUGUUCCAAGCUGAAGCAACACACAUCGUCGUCGUCGUCGUCAUCGUCACUGAAUGCUCCGUUCGCAAUUCCACACAGUGAAAUCCUCAAGUACGACGUAGCUAGAGUGAGAUCAAUCCACUCCAAGCUCUCCAAAACACAUGACAGCCAUGAACUUGAGAGUUCCAAGGGGUUGGGCCAGGAUAAACUUCCGGCCAAGUCCGGCACCCUUCUCGGCUCCGGAAACUACUUCGUCACGGUGAGCCUUGGAAGCCCCAAGAGAGACCUCUCUCUGAUAUUCGACACCGGAAGUGACCUCACCUGGACUCAGUGCGAGCCCUGUGCUCGCUCUUGCUACUCCCAGAAAGAAGCCAUCUUCGAUCCUUCUCACUCUUCUUCUUACUCCAACGUCUCUUGCUCUUCUUUGCAGUGUUCCCAGCUUCCUCUGCCACAGGUACACUUACAUAUAUAUGUGCGUAUGUAUGUAUAUUCGUUCUAUCUUAUUCGUUAUAUUGAAUUAUGGAUUAACACCAUCUGUGCAGGAAAUGAUCCGGGAUGUUCCAAGUCAAGUGGAGCUUGCAUCUACGGUAUUCAAUACGGUGACUCGUCCUUCUCUGUUGGCUACUUCGCCAAGGAAACGCUGACCAUAUCUCCGAACGACGUAGUUGAGGACUUCCUCUUCGGCUGUGGUCAGAACAACGAUGGUCUCUUUGGCAGAGCCGCCGGGCUCCUCGGCCUUGGCCGAAACCCCAUCUCCUUCGUUGAGCAAACUGCCCAAAAGUACCACAAGAUCUUCUCCUACUGCAUCCCCUCCAGAGCUAGCUCCGUCGGCUACCUCGCCUUUGGAGGCGGCGGAUACCCCUCCGGCAACGUGAAGUUCACCCCUUUCUCUUCCAUCUCACAGGGCUCCUCCUUCUACGGCCUCGACUUCACCGGAAUCACCCUCGGAGGAACGAGGCUCCCCAUCUCCGCUUCCACUUUCUCCUCCGGCACGAUCAUCGACUCCGGCACCGUCAUCACAAGGCUUCCUCCGGGGGCGUACGGUCCCCUAAGAGACGCGUUCCAGAAGGCGAUGUCGAAGUACCCAAAGGCGGAUCCGGCAUCGAUACUGGACACGUGUUACGAUCUGAGCAAGUACAAGACUUUUCUCGUUCCGAAAAUAAUGUUGUCGUUUGGAGGUGGGGUGGACGUGGACUUAGACGCAAGAGGGAUUCUAUACGUAGUGAGUGAAACGCAGGUGUGUUUGGCGUUUGCUCCGAAUCAAGAUGCAAGAAGUGUGGCUAUUUUUGGAAAUGUGCAGCAGAAAACUUUGGAGGUAGUGUAUGAUGUUGGUGGUCGUAAGGUUGGGUUUAGACCUGGCGGUUGCAUCUAAUAAUUGCUCUAUUAAAAAAAUAAUAAUUUAGUAUAUAUUAUUAUCUAAAAAAAUCGAUAGAUUAAUCUAAAUUGUAAAUAGAGAUGUAAGCAUAAUGAGUAAGGAUAUGCUUAUGUGUCUAUUUAUACUCAAUUUGAUCUAUUGAUUUUUUUAACAAGCAGCUCUUCUUAAAAUUGUUUCACAUUAAAGUUUAGCUUGGUUAGAGGGAAAAAAAAAUCCUUAAGGGGAGCAAAAAAGAGUUUAAAUGUAUUAUAUACAGUGUCUGUUUGUAAUUCUGGUUACAUGCUACUAAGCAUAAGUUUACCAAGAAAAAAACUGAUUGUUGCCAUAUACAUACUUAUAUGUCUAUAUUAUGUGAAACAAAUGUAAAAUGAUUCUACAUUUUAAAAUUCUAAUGAAUAAAGUAAGACAUUUCAUCGAA